AUGGGAGACUGGAAUUUUCUUGGAGGCAUCUUGGAGGAGGUCCACAUUCAUUCCACUAUUAUUGGAAAGGUCUGGUUAACUAUCCUUUUCAUAUUUCGAAUGCUUGUCCUAGGUGUGGCAGCUGAAGAUGUCUGGAAUGAUGAGCAGUCAGAAUUCAUAUGCAAUACAGAGCAACCUGGCUGCAGAAAUGUUUGCUAUGACCAGGCCUUUCCUAUCUCUCUCAUAAGAUACUGGGUCUUGCAAGUUAUAUUUGUAUCUUCACCUUCCUUGGUCUAUAUGGGCCAUGCUUUAUACAGACUAAGAGCCUUAGAAAAAGAGAGACAAAAGAAGAAGGCACAAGUAAGAAUGGAACUUGAAGGAAUUGAACUAGAAAUGACUGAAGAUCGGAAAAGACUGGAGCGAGAACUCCGGCAACUGGAGCAAAGAAAGCUCAACAAAGCACCCCUGAGAGGCUCCUUGCUCUGCACUUACGUGAUACAUAUUUUUACUAGAUCUGCAGUUGAAGUUGCGUUUAUGAUUGGCCAAUAUCUUCUUUAUGGUUUUCAGCUCAAUCCUCUUUAUAAAUGUCAGAGAGAGCCAUGUCCAAACAUAGUUGACUGUUUUAUAUCAAGACCAACAGAAAAGACAGUGUUCCUAUUGUUUAUGCAAUCAAUAGCAAUUGUAUCAUUGUUUUUAAACAUCUUAGAAAUUGUCCAUCUAGGGGUCAAAAAAAUUAAAAAGGGACUUUGUGGGCCUGAUAAAAACAGGGAUGACUUUGAUGAUUUCUGUGUAAGUAAAUCCAAGAAAAACUCUGUAAUACCCCACCCUUGUAUGGGAACAUCUGUAACGCCACAAAAAACUCUCCCUUCUGCCCCUAGUAGUUAUACAAUGUUAAUAGAAAAACAAACUUACAUGGCAGGCCAUGAUGUUCUAAAUUCAUCUUCUGCAUUCCAAUCUGUUAAAAACAACCAUACUGAAAAUAGCAACAAUCACAUCCAUGAUGAAAAAGAAAGUAAAUUGCCAAAUGAGAUGCAAACGUCUAAUACUUUGGACCGUCAUCCUCGAAAUACCAGCUCAAAUAAUAAUGAAGGCUUAAGCAAGGUAUUUGGGACAGAAAUUAAUGGUAGUCAGCAACAAGAUGAAAAGAAACAUUGCCUCAGUGGCAUGCAUUCUAAUCUAGUUGCUGAUUCAGGUCUGUGCUUGGGAAGCCUGGCUGAACUGCCACCUGGAAGUUCAUUGCAAACUGAUAUGACUUCUCCUAUUUCAAUUAACUGUGCUCGAAAGCUUCGUGGAGUCAGUUCCCCAUGGAACUGUUCUACAGUAGUUGAGAGUGAAGGGUCUCCAACAGAUUCUCCUUCCAUGAGCAGCAACCGAGGACAAGACAACCUAAGUGGAAGCAGAGCCCAAGACCUUUCCAAGACUGACCUAAGAAAAAUUGGCAGACCAGACACUCCUGAUUCUCUAAGCGAGCUGAGCUCAGAAUCCAAACAGAGCAGAAAUUGUGAAAGUCCUCAGGCUUUCUCUCCCUCUCGGCGAAUGUCAUUGGCAAGUAAUGCCAGCAGCAGGCGUGCUCCCACUGAUCUUCAGAUCUAA